AUGUCAUUCCGGGUGUUCGACGUGGAGACGAGCGACCACUGCAACCUGGACUACGUGGAGGUGCACGAGGAGAGCGCGGGGGGGAGGCUCCUGGGUCACUUCUGCGGAUCCGACAUCCCUGGCAACCUCACGGCCUCGCAUCGGCUCUGGGUGAAGUUCCGCAGUGACGCCGAGGGCACUGCCGCGGGGUUCAUUGCCGACUAUGCGCUGAUGCAUGGGAACGAGUUAUACGGGAUGGAAGGAGAGAUCACGUCCCCGUUGUAUCCCUUGAUGUACCAUCGAAGAGAACAGACGUCGUUCACGUGGCUGGUGACCUCGCCGCAAGGCACUCACAUCGUGGUCACCUUCACGGAAUUCGACGUGGAACUCCAUCCGGUGUACGACGGAUCGGACGCGACGGCGCCGUGGUUGGCGGGCUAUUGCGGUCAGGUGAGACCCCGUCCGGUGACCUCGACGGGGAACGUGGUCUUCGUCCGGUUCGAGUCCAAUCCUCGCUACGAAGGCUCUCGGUUCAGGUUGAGCUGGGAGGCGCGGUACGAGCGGGCGCCCGCGGAUAAUCAGCCCAGACAAGUUGACCAGUGCAGACAGAGACUCUUCGUGAACGAGACGGGCGUGGUGAUCCAGAACCCUGGCUUCCCCGAGGGCUACAACACGUCCCUCCGCUGCGAGUGGAUUCUCACGGCGGAUGCGCAGAGCAAGAUCGCGCUCACGCUGGAGACGGUGGAUCUCGAGAGCACCUCGUGGUGCUUCGACGCCAUCCGUGUCUUCGACGAGACGCUGCUGGGGCAGCAGCGGCUGCUGGGGACUUACUGCAAGCGCUCGGAGGAGGGGAAAGUCAUCACGUCCGCCGGGAACUACAUGAGGGUCCAGUUCACGUCCGACGCCUCGGUGAACCGGACGGGGUUCUCGGCUCGCGCCCAAGCUAAUUGCGGAGGCCAGUUGUUCGUGGAACGUGGUGUGAUAACGAGCCCGAGGUACCCCGAGGAUUACCCGGCGGGGGUGACGUGCGAGUGGGUGGUGGGGGUGCGGCCGGGGAACACCAUUCGGGUCACCUUCACCGACUUUCAGGUCGCUUCGCAGGGGUCGAGCUGCACCGAGGAUUACAUCGUGUUGAGGAACGGCGAUAGCAUCGACUCGCCGUACCUGGACGAGGGGAAGUACUGCGGGUCGUCCUUACCCGUGGUGAGACAGGAGACGACGAGCAACGUCCUCCACGUCCGGUUCGUCUCUGACACCUACGGUCAGGCCAAGGUGAGGGCGGGCGCGGCCGGAUCUCGCUGUUUUGCCGGGCGAGGUUGCCGGAUGGGAUGGGGUUUCAAAUUGGAGUUCCAAGAAGUCGGAGGGCAAUGCGGAGGGACGUUCCACCUCACCAACGCCAUGCCCGAGUUCGUCUUCUCCACGCCGAAUUUCCCGAACCCCCCCAACGCCUACACGGAAUGCGAGUGCACCUUUGAAUACCUGGAGCUGCGAGACGGGGGGACGAGGAACUCUCAUUCGAUGGACAAGCUCUGUGCGUCCACGUUGCCGGACACGCAGAGGUCGUCUGGGAAUGCCCUGUACGUCCGGUAUCAGACGCGUCUCCAGUAUCCCAGGCCUGGCUUCAAGGCUAAGGCUUCCAUCGCCCUGUGCGGAGGCCGGAUGACAGCCACGGAGGGGCUCAUCAUCUCGCCCAACUACCCGCUCAAGUACCCGGACAACGUGGAGUGCGAGUGGAGGGUCCGCGGGCUCGAUGAGCACUACCUCCAGUUCACCUUCCUCGAUCUUCGCCUGCCCCAGCGCAGCAAUUGCUCCGUCACGGAUCACGUCGCGUUCUACGACUACAAUGCAUCGGCCCCGUUGGAAGGGAAUCUGGUCGACCGGGUGUGUGGGAUGGUGAUUCCUGCCACGAUCGACAUGUCGUGGAGUUCUGCCAUCGUCAGGUUCCGGAGUGAUGAGGUCUCCGCCCCUUCGUAUGGCACCGGGUUCCGGAUCAAGUUCAACUCCAGCUACGAAGAAUUUCUGCCUGGCAUCCUCUCUUCCCUCCUUCCCUCCCUCUCUUCCUCUCUUCCUCCCUUCCUCUCUUCCUCCCUCCCUCUCUUCUUUUCCUCCCUCCCUCCCUCUCUUCUUCUUUUCCUCCCUCCCUCCCUCUCUUCCUCCCUCUCUUCCUCCCUCCCUCUCUUCCUCUCCGGGUACCCGAAUAAUUACCCGCCGGACAUGGAUUGUGUUUGGGCCGUCGAAGUCAUGGAGGGGCAUCAGAUUCAGAUCCACAACGGGAUGUGGAUGGAAUACACUUACCAGGCCCUGUUACCGACGGUCACGGCGUGCGGUUCCACCCCUCCGGAUCCGGUUUCCUCGUCCGGCCCGUACAUGAUCGUCUACUAUCGUACGUCCGGCAAUCCGGGUCGUCGAGGCUUCCGGGCCCGGUACACCACGGACUUGCCACUCGAGUGCGGAGGUGACUUGGAGGAGGAGACGGGACACGUCACGAGUCCGGGUUUCGAGUCGGGAGGUUACAACAGGACGUGGGAGUGUCUGUGGACGUACAGUCGACCGGACUUGCCCGGUUCUACCAUGCGGCUGACCGUGAAUGCCUUGUAUCUCGAGGACACGUCGCAGCCGGGGUAUUGCGUCUACGAUGCGCUCGAGAUUCGCGAAGGUGCGACCGAGGAGGGAUUCAUGUACGAGCAACUCUGCGGGAACGUCACGGAUCAUCGGUCCGUCUACAUUCCGGGUCCGCAGUUCUGGAUGCGAUUCAAGGCGGACAGCGGGGAUCAUCACCUCGGGUUCAACGUGACGUACAGGAGAAUCCCCUGCGGGGGGGUCCUGGCGGGGUCGACGCAGUUCACGGUCGCCUCGCCCGGGUACCCGAAUAAUUACCCGCCGGACAUGGAUUGUGUUUGGGCCGUCGAAGUCAUGGAGGGGCAUCAGAUUCAGGUGGAAUUCACGGAUUUUGCGUUGGAGGCCGCGGGGACGGGAGGGAAUUGCACCGGGGACUUCCUGGCGAUGAAGAACGGGAGGUACCCGGAUUCGCCGGAUCUGUUCUCCGUGUGUGGGACCCAGUCCCACCCGACUUUCAAGACUCAGACGAAUCAUCUCACCGUCCGGUUCCAUUCCAACAGCCUGAACCAGGCCAAGGGGUUUAGCAUCAGGCUCACACCGGUCCAGAGAGGAUGCGGUGGGAUCCAUCAAGAAGAGACGGGUUCUAUCAACUCCCCCGGUUACCUCAACGACACCAAUUACCAGGCAAACAUGGAUUGCGUCUGGGAGAUCCGAUUCGAGAACGGGUACCACGUGGAGCUGAAGUUCGUCGAGAGAUUCGACAUCGAGAUGAGCGCCAACUGCAACAACGACUACGUCGAGGUGUUCUCGUUCGUGGAUGGCGAUUGGGUGAGCGAGGCGAGGUUUUGCGGGAGGGAGAAUCCGGGGACGGUCAAGAGCAAGAGUUCGUGGAUGAGGGUGAAAUUCCAGUCCAACGGGGAGAUUGACGGCGACGGGUUCAAGGCCGAAUGGAAGCGGGCGUGCGGGGGCACGUACACGGAGGUGCAGGGCAUCAUCACCUCCCCCUCCUUCCCGGACAAUUAUGGCAACAACUUGGACUGCCUCUACAAUAUCACCGGAACGCCGGAUUCCUACAUCGUUCUCUCCUUCAAUCCUGAUGGUUUCUCCUUGGAAGAUGAACCGACGUGCAACUUUGACAACGUGACGGUGACAGCAGUGAACCGGGACGGAUCGCGUACCCGAGUUCUGAACCCAGCUUGCGGGACGUAUGCGCCUCAGCGGGUCGCGGCCCGCGGGGCUCUGCUGGUCCGAUUCCGGACUGACGAGUCCAUCGUGUAUCGAGGCUUCGAGGCUAAUUACAGCAUGGAGGACUGUGGAGGCUUGGUGACGAGGGAGGGCGUGCUGAAAAGCCCCCUUCAUCCGCUCUCCUACUUGCAUUCCAUCAAUUGCACGUGGGUCAUCCAGGCACCCAACGACAGGGCCGUUCAGAUCAAGUUCGAGGCCUUGGACAUCGAGUAUCACCACCAGUGCAAGUUCGACUACGUGGCAGUGUACGAGGGUGAUGGGAUCUCCAAUGCGACUCUGCAGGGGAAAUACUGUGGGGUCUAUAACGAAACGAUCCAGGGCCUACCCACCGUGAAAAGCCACUCGAGCCAGAUGGUCUUGGAAUGGAAGACGGACCAGUCGGUGUCCAGGACCGGCUUCAGGGCCGUCGUCAGUUUUGAGAUCGGUCCCCGGCAAGGGUGUGGAGGUUUGAUCGAAGUCGGUGGGGAACCAAUGAGGAUCAUAUCACCGGACACGGACAGCGAUGGACAAUACGAGAAGAACCUGGACUGUCGAUGGGUCCUGGACGGGGACCCGAAUCGCAUCCUUCAGAUCCAGUUCAAUUCCUUCAACCUGCAGGAUUCCCCCGACUGCUCACGAGACUACAUCCAGGUGAAUGAGAAACAAAUGGGUCAGAAGUUGAAAGGUUUUGAUGCCCAUGAGCAUUAA